AUGGUACUAAUUUCACAAAGUCACCAAUUAUGCAAAGUUCGCCGUUUACCAUUAUACAACCAGCACUCCAUCUAUGUUGAACUCGACAAGACGGAAUCUUUUGGUGAAAGAUAUUUAGUCGAAUGCGCAAACAUAUCGCAUUUGAAUAUUACAGGUUCUCACAUUCCCACUAUUCCUCCACAAGCGUGUAACAACUUCUCAAGACUAAUUAAAGAACUGCACCUGGACCACAAUGAAGUAGAUGAAAUGAAGAGCCAAAUUUUCAACCAACUGUAUCUACCAGAAGUUUUAAAUUUAGGUAACAAUAGAAUUGUAACAGUAGAUAAAGCUGCAUUUUUAGGUGUUGCCAAACUGGAAGUGCUAAACUUAAGAAACAACCAGAUUACAACAUUAGAGGAAGAACUUCUAGUAGAACAACUACACUUAAAAGAACUAGAUCUAUCUGGAAAUCCUAUUGCAAAUACUAGUGAUGAUAUCUUACCCACUUCUUUGAAAAAAUUAUACCUAAACGAAACUUAUCUAUCUGAAAUCAGUUUCAACAUUUCAUACCUAACACUCAACACACUAAAUAUGAAACGGAAUCAGUUUUCUAAAAUUGAUUGUGCCUUUCUUCCCUCCAUGAACGAGUUAGAUCUGUGUGACAAUAAAAUUUCCACUAUAAUUAAUCUCAAAUUACUUAGAGCUUCACAGUUAAAUUUAAAUAACAACGACAUUCGAGGAUUAUCAGGACUCCUUUCGUUGAACCUCGACAACAAUAAUAUCACUGAUGUGGAAGCAGGAUUGUUUAAAGAUUUAGAUUCACUGAAUAAACUUAAUUUGUCUCACAAUAGUAUUGAACAAAUUAAAUUUGGGACAAUUGAUUAUUUACCAUAUCUGCUGUUUUUAGAUUUAUCGUAUAACAAACUGAUAUCCCUGCACCCAAAUACUUUACGUUUGUUAUCAAAUCUUAGGGAACUGUAUUUUGAUAACAACCAGAUUUCAAAUAAAGCAUCACUUUCGGGUGUUGACAACUUGGAAGUGCUAAACUUAAGAAACAACCAGAUUACUAGAAUAGAGGAAGAAAGUUUUGUGGAACAACUACGUUUAAAGGAACUAGAUCUAUUUGGAAAUCCCAUUACAUACAUUGCUAUCUUUAACCUGAAAUUUCUUCGAGCCGUAAAUGUAUAUUUGAGUAACAACCUCCGUGUAAUAGAUGGAGUAUUUCCUACCACAAUUGAGCGUACCAGUAUUAAUGACAACAAGUUAGAAACGUUAGAACCGUCAUUUAACAAAUCCAAAACACUCACCGAUUUAGAUGUCAGUAGCAAUAAAAUUUCAACAAUAAAUAAAAUCGCUUUCGAGGGUUUAUCAAAACUCUAUUCGUUGAAACUCAACAACAAUAACAUCACUAGCCUUGAGGCAGUAUGGUUUAAAGAUUUAAAAUCUUUGAAUCAGUUUAAUUUGUCUCACAACAAUAUUGAACAAAUUGAAUUUGGGACAUUUGAUUCUUUGAGAGAUUUGUCAAUUUUAGAUGUAUCGUACAACAAGUUAACAUCCCUGCAUUUGGAUACUUCACAUUUGUUAGCGGAACUUUGGAAACUGUAUUUUGACAAUAACCAAAUUUCGAAUUUGGAUAUAGAUGCAAUGAUGUCGCUUAAGCACCUUCACCCCAUUUCUUUAGACAAUAAUUCUUUUUCUUGUCAAGAUUUAGUCAAUAUUGAUUGUCACGCACUCGUUUCGGAUUAA